CGCCAUCUUGAGGAGACCCCAAACGCAGCACUGGUUUAUGACUGACAACAAUCUCAAGCGCAUCAUGAUGGGAUUACUCACUAACAAGUAAAACAGCAUCACACCUGCUCUGCGUUGCACGCGCUGAAGUGAAGGAGCAGAGCUGCCCGGCGCGUGCUCCCCUCUCCCGGUAGUUUUCCUGCAGAGAGGGGCUGGCUGCAGCCCGAUGGCCGGCUAGCUGCUCUCUGGACUCCGCCGCGGCCUGCUCGGGAGGAGGAAGGGUGGUGACGGCGCAAAAUGCUAUACCGCUGACUCCCAACAAGACAGUUAUCCUACCCAGAGACUCGCUGCGAGUUGGACGACGAGCACGAUGCACUUAUAGAUUUUUUAAAACGCUCUUAACUUUCCGCAUUGUUUUGUUGUGUGUCGGGGCGACAGUGAGUGUCGUCUUGCGUACCCUGAAUUCCCAGCCUGAGACAUGUCAUCCAACUGCACCAGCGCAGCGCCUGUCAGCGCUAGCAAAACGAAGACGAAAAAGAAGCAUUUUAUAGGACAGAAAGUGAAAUUAUUCCGUGCAAGUGAGCCCAUUCUCAGCGUUUUAAUGUGGGGUGUCAACCAUACGAUUAACGAGUUAAGUAACGUGCCUGUACCAGUAAUGCUGAUGCCAGAUGACUUUAAAGCCUACAGUAAGAUCAAAGUGGACAACCACCUAUUUAACAAAGAAAACCUGCCUAGUCGCUUUAAGUUCAAAGAGUACUGUCCCAUGGUGUUCAGGAACCUGAGGGAGAGGUUCUGCAUCGACGACCAGGACUACCAGAACUCUUUGACGAGGAGCGCCCCGCUCAACAGCGACUCCCAGGGUCGCUUCGGCAACCGCUUCCUGUCCAGCUACGACCACCGCUUUGUCAUCAAGACCGUGUCCAGUGAGGACAUCGCCGAGAUGCACAACAUCCUAAAGAAAUAUCACCAGUUUAUCGUGGAGUGUCAUGGCAACACGCUGCUCCCUCAGUUCCUGGGCAUGUACCGGCUGACGGUGGACGGGGUGGAGAACUACAUGGUGGUGACCCGGAAUGUUUUCAGCCACCGCCUCACCGUACACCGCAAAUACGACCUUAAGGGUUCUACGGUCUCAAGGGAAGCGAGCGACAAGGAGAAGGCUAAAGAACUCCCCACUUUUAAAGACAACGACUUCCUGAAUGAAGGCCAGAAGCUGCAGAUAGGAGACGACGACAACAAGAAGUACUUUUUGGAGAAGCUAAAACGGGACGUGGAGUUCCUGGCCACCCUAAAGAUCAUGGACUACAGUCUCCUGGUGGGGAUCCAUGACGUGGACCGGGCCGAGCAGGAGGAGAUGGACGUGGAGGGCGUGGGGGAGGAGGAGGAGUACGAGAACGACGGGAUGGGCGGAGGCGUGCUCACCGGCUCCUUCGGCACGCCCCCCGACAGCCCCGGGAACCCUCUGAACUGCGGGGGGUUCUUCGGCCCCGGGGAGUUCGACCCCUCUGUGGACGUUUACGCAAUCAAGAGCCACGACUGUGCUGUGAAGAAGGAAGUAUACUUCAUGGCUAUCAUCGACAUCCUCACGCACUAUGACGCUAAGAAAAAAGCUGCACAUGCUGCCAAAACUGUGAAACACGGGGCGGGGGCAGAGAUCUCGACGGUGAACCCGGAGCAGUACUCCAAACGAUUCUACGAGUUCAUGUCCAACAUCUUAUCAUAGACUCAUCUCCCAGUCCAGCCAGUCACUUCCUGUCAUAGAUCUGUCAAAAGCCACGCACUAUUUCCCUUCUCCUUCACCUCAGUGUAGGAUCCUUCUCCCCUCUGCCUCUCUACGCCCCAUAACAGAGAAAAAAACUACCAGCAUCCUCCCACAGCCAGCAGCAGUCUGGAAGGAAAGGAUGCACUGAGCCUGUUACAUUUUCACACACACCUCCCUCGUCCUCUGCAAGGAAAACUCGUGAAACCGCUCGCUGAAUUCGGAAACAACUUCCCGAUAAUCUCCCUGUUCUUUUAAAAAAAUGUCUGCUCCUCGUUACUCCUCACGCCAGCACGGAAACUGUCUCACUAAUGCCUUGAACGAGUGUGUCAGCUUCAGCAGUUCAGUAACACAGUCCGUUAGUACAGUCUCUUUGAUUUCAUGUUGUUGUUGUUGUUGUUGUUCUUAUGAUUUCUUUUAGACACACAAACACACACAGAUGUAAAGAACUUGCACAGAGCUGAAUGGUCAGAUUGCAUGACUCUUUUGACAGUCGCCAUGAGGCUUCUCUCUCAGUAACAACAAAGUAACUGAAAUGACUGCUGACAACAGGAGAUAAACACAUUAAUAUAUAAUGGUGUAUUAAGUAAAUUAAUGCAAUAUCAAAAAUGCAUGGCUGAUGUGUACAUGAGUCUCCACCAGUAAGUUGAAACAUCAAACCACUGAACUUAGCAUCUGAGUGUUAUGACGAAAAUAACAAAAAACCUGAAAAAAAAACAUUGGUGUUUGAAUGUUACGUUGCCAUAUUGUUUUUGAAUAUUUUGAAAUUUGAACCGUGAGCUUGGUGGAGGUUGGUCUAAGAAAAAAAUCUCACAUAAAAAGGGGAGUUCUGCAGCACAUACUUGUUUUAUUACCAUAAGGAUCAUUUUUAUAUCUUGUUUACAUUAAUGUAGCAAUUUUGUGUUUGUAUACAGUAUUGUUUUGUUACCAACAGACAUUUGAAAAAAAAGUUACUUGAAAAUGAUCAUUGCAUAUUAAAGGGAGUUUUAUCUUGU